CAGAGAGCCGUUGAAGAGGGAGUGGUCACUGCUGCUGUGCGCGGUGGGCACGGUGGUGGUGACCCUGCCGAUGGUGAUCCUGGUAUGGUGGCUCAUGAGGGAGCCCGCGCUCUUCCCUCCCAACCCGGAGGUCCCGCUCCCGCCCUCCCCGUCCCUCCUCGAGGAGUUCUACAACUCGGCGGUCUGCACCGAUGGCCCUCCCUGCUCCAAGAUCGGCAGUGAUUUGCUAGCAAUGGGUGGAAGUGCUGUUGAUGCAGCAAUUGGUGCCUUAUUCUGCAAUGGUCUUGUCAAUUCUCAGAGUAUGGGACUGGGUGGUGGAUUUAUCAUGACUAUGUACAUGAAAGGAAAACCAUACAGUCUCAUUGCCAGGGAAACUGCCCCAGCUGCUGCCCAUUUGAGGAUGUUCUCUGGUGAUCAACAACAAUCAAGGACAGGUGGUCUGGCUAUCGGUGUACCAGGAGAGUUGCGUGGGUAUUAUGAAGCAUGGAAAAGAUUUGGCAAAUUAGAAUGGGCCAAACUUGUAGAACCGACUGUUAAGCUCUGCGGUGAAGGCUACGUUCUCUCUCAGCCUCAAUAUGAAUCACUUCUUUUCAGGCCUUCUAUUUCCGAAGAUCCAGUUUUCAGUCAAAUGUUUGUGGACCCUGAGACAAAGCAGUUUUAUCGAAAGGGAACAGUUAUCAAACCAAAAAAGAUUUGUGAUACACUCAGGACAAUAAUGAUUGAGGGAGGUAAUGCUAUUCACAAUGGAUCACUUACAACUCUAAUUGCCGAAGAUAUUGAAGCUUUGGGAGGACUUGUUUCAAAAGAAGACCUUAACAAUUAUAAAGCUGAUUGGAUGGAUCCAGUGAGUAUUACACUAAAAGGAGGUGAAAAGGUAUACUCAGCACCACCUCCUGGAUCUGGACCAUUGGUGACCUACAUUUUAUCUAUUCUCGAUGGUUAUAACAUGUCAAAACCAACUGAUUUAGAUGAAGAGAUAUUAACAGUCCAUAGGAUGUUAGAAGCAUUCAAAUUUGCUUUUGCCAGAAGAACCGAGUUAGCUGAUCCAAAAUUUGUGAACAUUUCACAGUUAGUACAUAAUUUAACAUCUUCUCAGUAUGCAAUGAAAACUCGACUCAGAAUAAAUGAUACAAGAACUUACAAUGAACCGAACUACUAUGGCGCAGUUUUCUACAACCAAGAAGAUCAUGGUACUGCUCACAUUUCUGUCCUUUCUAAAGAUGGUGACGCUGUCUCUGUAACAUCCACAAUUAAUCUUUAUUUUGGGGCAGGUGUAACUUCACCCGGAACUGGCAUUAUAUUGAACAGCGUUAUGGAUGAUUUUUCAAUUCCUGGUGUUGUCAACUAUUUCCAACUCCCUCCAUCUCCAAACAACUUUAUGGAGCCAGGAAAAAGACCUUUGUCCUCAGCCUGUCCGACAAUAGUGGUUGGUGCCGAUGGUGAAGUGAAGCUAGUCGUUGGUGCUUCUGGAGGUACUAAAAUCACUACAGUUGUUGCCUGGGUAAUUAUGAGACACCUUUGGUUUGGUGAAGAUGUCAAACAAGCAGUUGAUGCCAGUAGGAUUCACCAUCAGUUGGCUCCGAUGGAGGUCAGCUAUGAAUAUGGAGUCCUUCAGCAAGUGAUAGCUGGAUUGGAGAAGCUGGGUCAUAAAACAAACAGGUAUAAAGAGCGCGGAUCUGUUGUUUGUGCCAUUGCCAAGAACGGAAGUAUAAUCUUUGGAAAUGCUGACUUUAGGAAAGGAGGAGCAGUAUUUGGAUUGUAA